UGCUAAAUAUGAUUUUUUUCCUUUCAACGAUGAGGUUUGUAGGCGUCUGCUCUAAUGUGACAGUGCACUGCUGUUGUUCUGAAGCUCGCAGUCAAGUGCCCGCUUAUUGGCUGGCUGUGAGGUGAAAGGUUGUUGCUGUCGUCAAAUCUGCUCUGAGGACUGGACUCUGGAGGCAGAGCAGGAAAAGGUACUGAUGAGAGGAAAUGGGAAGCAGUCGCAGGCAGGGCUAGCAGACGGUGCAAUGGCAGGAUGCUGAUUUGCCACAGCAGGUUUCAUCUUUGGAACCUCCCAGAGCCUAUACAUACCUAGCCCAAAGCUAUAGCCUACGUUAUGACGACAACCAUUUUUUCGACUGACGACGACCUUCGCGUGCGGCAGACAAGACAGCAAAACGCCUGGAUGAAAGUACACCUAUUUUAAUCACAGAAAUGGCAUGUAAAUAGUGCCUUUGGUGCAUUUGGACGAACCUUGGAUGCGCGCGGAUUAGUAAUUUACCGGUGUUACAGCUUCAGAAUUUUGCCUGAAAAGACGCGUCUCUUACCUCAUUUGCAAGGAUAUGUCGGCGCAGUCCCAUCAUCAAUAACCAAUGUGGGAUAGUCUACAGGGAAUAAUAAUUUUGACACCACAUUUUGGCCUGUGUUGAAUUGAUUCAUUAUAUUCAGCAGACGAUAGGCAUAAACAAUGGCGGGCCCAGAGCAGUCCAAGCAGCAGCAGGUAGAGGAGAAAGCUGAGCACAUAGACGACGCUGAGCUCGCUCUUCAAGGUAUCAACAUGCUUCUCAACAACGGAUUCAAGGAGAGCGACGAGCUUUUCAGAAAAUACAGGACUCACAGUCCACUGAUGAGCUUUGGGGCCAGUUUUGUCAGCUUCCUGAAUGCCAUGAUGACCUUUGAGGAGGAGAAGAUGCAGACGGCGUGUGACGACCUGAGGACCACAGAGAAGCUGUGUGAGAGUGACAACGUUGGCGUCAUAGAGACAAUCAGGAACAAGAUCAAGAAGAGUUUGGAGUCCCAGAGUUCAGGGGUCGUGGUUGUGGACCGCCUGCAGCGACAGAUCAUUGUGGCCGACUGCCAGGUCUACCUCGCUGUGCUCUCCUUCAUCAAGCAGGAGCUCUCAUCAUACAUCAAAGGAGGCUGGAUCCUCCGUAAGGCCUGGAAGAUGUACAAUAAGUGCCACAGUGACAUCAGUCAGCUGCAGGAGACCUGUGUGAGGCGCUGUUCCUCCCAUGAGGAGGAUCUAUCCUCAGACCAGGCCAACCACAACACCCCAGUGGAGGGUGCUGUGACUGCAGAGGCCCUGGACCGACUCAAGGGCUCCGUCAGCUUCGGCUACGGCCUCUUCCAUCUCUGCAUCUCCAUGGUACCACCACACCUGCUCAAGAUCAUCAACCUGCUGGGUUUCCCUGGCGACCGUCUCCAGGGUCUGUCCUCCCUCAUGUAUGCCAGUGAGAGUAAGGACAUGAAGGCCCCGCUAGCUACAUUGGCCCUCCUGUGGUACCACACAGUAGUGCUGCCUUUCUUUGCUCUGGAUGGUUCUGACACUCAGGCAGGCCUGGAGGAGGCCAAGGCCAUUCUCCAGAGGAAGGCUGUGGUCUACCCCAAUUCCUCCCUCUUCAUGUUCUUUAAAGGACGGGUUCAGAGAUUAGAGUGCCAAAUUAACAGUGCUCUGGUGUCCUUCCAUGAUGCACUAGAGCUGGCAUCAGACCAAAGAGAGAUCCAGCACGUGUGUCUCUAUGAAAUUGGCUGGUGCAGUAUGAUCGAGAUGAACUUUGAGGAUGCGUUUAGGUCAUUUGAGAGGCUGAAGAAUGAGUCCCGAUGGUCACAGUGUUACUAUGCCUACCUGACUGGAGUAUGUCAGGGAGCUGCAGGGGACUUAGAUGGUGCCAAGGAUGUCUUCAAAGAUGUCCAGAAACUGUUCAAGAGGAAGAACAACCAGAUUGAGCAGUUUGCCCUCAAGCGGGCAGAGAGACUGAGGAAGAUGUCUCCCACCAGAGAGCUGUGCAUUCUGGGGGUCAUAGAGGUGCUGUACCUGUGGAAGGCUCUGCCCAACUGCUCCUCCUCCAAACUGCAGCUCAUGAAUCAGUUGUUACAGAGUGUGGAUGACACAUCGUGCAGAGGUCUGAAAAACCUCCUUCUCGGUUCCAUCCACAAAUGUCAUGGAAAUAAUAAAGAUGCCAUCCAGUCGUUCCAGCUGGCUGCCAGAGAUGAGUUUGGUCGACAAACCAACUCUUAUGUGCAGCCAUACUCCUGCUAUGAGCUUGGAUGUGUCCUGCUUGCCCAGCCAGAGACGGUGGGAAAAGGGAGAGCAUUUCUGCUUCAGGCAAAGGAGGAUUAUGCAGGCUAUGACUUUGAGAACAGACUUCACGUGCGCAUCCACUCAGCCAUGGCCACGCUGAAGGAAGUGGUACCCCAAUGACCCCGCCCACCACUGGACGAAUAAUGAUGAGGCAACGACUCCGUCUCCAGCUGUGCACUUGAUGAUAUAGGAAGCAUGGCUAUUUUCUAUUCAAAACCACAGUAUGACUCAUCAGACAAAAUAGUUUCCCCCCCUUUUUCUGAUAGAUGUUUUACACAUCCAAAUACAAUAAACCAACAAUUUCAUAGUCAAUAGCAUUUUCUUCUUAAUCUAGUGGAGGGUUUUAGCCCUGCAAACCUUCCUUCCAUUCUUUGGACCAUACAUAAUGAUACAUAGGAUACUUCUUGAAGAGGCACACCUUAUUCUCAUUGUCAGGUUUUCUUGACUACAGGUAGUAACAGUACAGUUAAACAGUAAGUAAACUUGUCUUUUGUGUUCUUGUCAUGUUCUUGGGAAGACAUGUACAAGAGAUGUUCGAUUACAACCCAUAAUCGUGAUCAAAUGGUUAUUCCCCAAUUGUUUGUGUUUGCCUCAUGUGACAAGGCAAGACAAAGGUUCUUGAUUGUAUUAGUUGUCGCUGUUGUAGUACCCUCUUAUUGACCAAUAUCCAUACAAUUAUCGCCUCUGGUUUUUCAGAAAUGUGUCCUAGAUUAAAUGGCCCUACUUUGCUUGUCAUGAUGCCAACAAACAAAUCAUUUUUUCUGCAAUAAGAAAGUAUUAGUGAAGUUUUAUGGUGACAACAACCCCCUAAAUGAUGGGACAAGUACUUAAUGGCCUGCUACCUUGUAGUAUUGUAUUACGCAGCGUGCCAUACAGAGUGUACUAUGCCAUGCAGUGAAACCUUGUAAUAUUAGUGUCAGGUACCUUGAAUUCUGAAUAUUAUGAAAUUGCUUUUACAUUCUGACAUUCACAUAUUAGCUUACAAAUAACAUGCACUUCUAAAAUGUUUUGUAACAUUUUUGCACAAUGCAAUAUCCAAACAAUGUUAUAGAUAAUUUAUUUUAGUUUACAAGCAGUGGGCAUUGAUCUGCACACUAUGCAUGCAAUGGCAGGGCUAUUAUUAGUGACCCAAGGACCUGAAAGAUCCUUUUCUACAGCUGUGUACUAUGAAUCGGAACAUUUUUUUCCUGAGAUACUUUGGAUGACAACAGAACACAUUUAUAUUAAUAUUUACUCUGGUUUUUAACUAAAUCCAACAAGGUCCUUAUUAACUACAGGCAUUGUAAUAAUCAUGGUAGGUUUUAGGUUACUGUACAAACUGGACAUUAAAGCUUAAUAUUCUGUCAUUUUAGUUUGAUCGGGCUUUUCUAUCAGGCCACACUGAUGAUGAGUGAAACAUUCAAGACAGUCACAAACUAAAUUGAAAGUGCAGGGUAUUGUAUCACUGUUUUUAUAAUCACUCUGAGGUAUGGUCUCUAAGCAAUAAAAAGCAAGCAAGAAGAGUGCUCAUUUUAAAAUGGAAGUUUGAUUAGCUGUCACAAACUUCGUUUACAUUUUUUUGGGUCCCACUUCAAAUGAAUAACAAAUGCUUAACUACUUGUGCAAGCACUACAUAGCACAAAUCUUUCAUUAGCAAAUUCAUACUACAUGAAGGUUGAUAUAAACGGUCUUUAAUUCAUACUACAUGAAGUGUGAUUUAAAACAGUAUUUAAUUCACAUUACAUUCAUUUUGUUAUUUUACCUUUAUUUAACUAGGCAAGUAAGUUAAGAACAAAUUCUUAUUUACAAUGACGGCCAAUCCCGGACGAUGCUGGGCCAAUUGUGCGCCGCCCAAUGGGACUCCCCAAUCAUGUGAAGGGUGAUUUAAAUGUUAUUUAAUUCAUACUGAAGGGUGAUAUAAACAGUCUUUACAUCUUGUGCAUGCUAAAUUAAGAAUAACUCUUUUCCACCCUUCAUAUAAAAUGGCAUAUUCUCAUGAAAGAGUUCUGAAGAAUCUACAUAGAUAGUCCUUAGGGUAAAUGGCUUGUGAAAGCUUCAAUAUGCUGUUUCAUUUAAAGUGGGACUCUUUUUUCAUGUUCAAGGAUGGGUUUGAACACCUUUUUUUUUUACAUCUACACUGAAGUCCGUCAGUGACCUCCCAUCUUCUCCUGUGAUUGUGUAAAGGGAUGUAAGAUUUGGUGUGAUGUAAAAGUGUUGACUACUGAGUGUGGCCAUAAAGUGCUGGUAUAAAGUAAGUCCACAGCUGUAAGAGCAAAGUAUCUUAUAAUGACAUGUAAUGAUAGGAGUUAAAUGUCAUUAUAUGUAUACCAACAAGAUAAAUGGGACAUUUCUGUCUUAGAAAUGUGCUCUAUCCACUUUGUUGUGGGGUUGUAGAGGAUGAUGUGGAGAUAGUUCAAUUGUAACAGGGUGGUCCUGUGUGGUGUCUAAAGAGAUCUACAAACUGUUCAAUAAAGGACUGUCAAUUAA